AUGGAAUUUUGUACAGAUAAAAGGGCUCUCUCUUGAAUUAAGCCUAUCCCGCCCCUUUCUCUGGACCUCAGCCCAGUCCAGGACCAAAGCGAGGGGAAUGGGAGUGGCUAUUUUAUGAGAUAUGAUAUUUGUUUCCCCCGCCUGCCCGCCCCCCCACAGCUUUGACACUGAGCUGAAAUCAGGAUGUUAUGACAGCAGCAUCGCCCAGUCAGGAAUGGACCGAGGGUGAAAAAGAGCCAGGGCAGAGUCUAUGCCAAACGCCAAGUGCACACAGCUUGCAAUACCAGAGCACGGCUGAGUAUCAGGGAAGAGUGAAAAGGGUACGCUGUAUCCGUUCUUGUGCUCUGAGCUGCCUACCUCGCAGAUGUCUGCCAUCCACUCAGGGGUACCUGAAAGGACUGAUGGAACAAAUACAGGACCAAAACCAGACAGGGAACAUUCUAAUAACACCACUCCAGAUUCAGAGUUUGCGGAAUCUUUCAGAAGCAUUCACGCCUCCAAAAAACAUGGAUACAAGCCUGGCCCCAUUAAGUCCAGUGAAGAUUUGUCACUUGUUUCUUCCACUCAGCUAGCAGAGAAAGCUGAAAAUGACCUCCCUCUGUCCUCCACCACCACUACUGUCGCCGCCUCUCCAUUUCAGCAGGGGAAGGCCGCUUGUCACCAUCCCUACCACGUCAAUGGCUGUGGGGCUCCCCACACUCUGGUGAGGCAGCAGCCACAGGCGUCAAAGAAACAGCGCAUCGGCUCCACCACCUCUGUCUGCACCAACAGCAGUAAGAAGAGCCGCAGGUCCACGGCAAGUAAGACAAGCUGCAAGUCUACCGCUUCUCAGAUCCAAGAGGUGGCUGGGGAUGAGCUGUGUGCCACUCUCCUCUUGGCUUGCCUCUUCUGCCGUUCUUCUGACAUCCUGCCUCUUCUGUCUGAAUCCCUUUGCUGCUCCAGCUUUCCACUGCCAGUCAGCUGCAGCUCACGGCUUCUGGGGGUUUGCUGUGACCCUCAAGGCUGCUGCUGCUGUUGUUGCAGACCUGAGGGCCUAGAGUUUUGCUACCAGACGGACCGCUGCGCACAUUGUGCCCUUGCCUGCCUCUUCUGUGAGUUCCUGUCUCUCUGCUCUCUUGCUCUGGAUUGUGGGGGCUGUGGGGGCUGCCUGGAGGCCUGCUGUGGCGGGGACAGAGGGGACUCUGUGGCGGAGGCCUGCUGUGGGGAAGCAGGUGGGGGGAACUGCCCGUGUGGAUUAGGCUGCGGCAUGCUCCAGGAUUGCUGCAGCUCCUCCGACUGCCUUGAGAUCUGUCUAGAGUGUUGCUCUAUCUGCUUCCCAGCGUGAAUUCAAGGACUGGCUUACAACGGCAUCCUCUGUUGUUUCAGGCUGCAUUACGGGGGUGGGUGGGUGUGUCCCUUUAAGAAUCUCCUUUCUGACUACAACACAUGGCAGUGGACUCUUCUGAGCCAGCCCUCUCUAAUAGAACAUCCUCAGACAAGCUCCUCCCUCUUUAUAAAAAAAAAUCAUAGCAGGCAAAACAUAUCCUUGUGUGCACAUGCACACCCAAAACACAGAGCCAGAUGUCAUCGCUUGUAUUAAAUGAACCAAGGGCUAGACGAAAUUGUUUCAAUAAUGUGAUAUUUACCUUAAGACAGUGUGACACCACGGGAAAAUUUAAUUUCUGUUCCACAUGGGCAAUGGAGGGAUUUUCCUUCUGCCUUUGUCCUGUUUCCUCACAAAAGUGUGCAGAACUUACCAGGUUUUGUGCCUACCCUGCCAUUUUAAAAGCAACUUCGUUUUGAAACGAUUUCUCUCUACCUCUUAAAAAAUGUUUUGAAAAUUAAUCUCCUGCUGGAGAUUCCCUCCUGUUUUUGCUCCGUUUGUUUUUGGUCUCUUUGGGGAUUUUGUUUUGUUUUUAUGUUUCUUUUGCUAAUUGAUUGCAGACUUGAGUGCCCAAUUGAGAAGCUGUAACUAUGGAAAUGAAUGUAAUGUAAGUGCCAUAGCGCUAAACUCUGUCCCUGCAACACUAGCAAUGAAAAGAAAUUAGCCUUCAGGACAGAAGAAGGAAAAGCAUGGGAAGUCAAGGAUUUUGUCACUUUUACUGAAGAAAACCUUGCAUCAUGUGGAUGAGGGGUGGGAUUAUCUCUAAAUCAGGUACAUUUCAGGAAACAAGAUGUCCUUCUGGAUAUGCCAUAAGCUAUCUUAAUGCUGUUAACAUGCUAAAUUCCAAUUUCAUCCUGAAAUGUCAUCUGCUCCAGCAAUUUUUCUUUACUACUCUGAUGUUACCAAAAAAAGGCUCUUGUCAUGUCAUGGUAACAGAUGGGAACCUCUCAUUUAAAAAAGAAACUGUGAUGAAAGCAAACCUUAUACUGAUGCUGUGAUGAAGUUACUGGAUGUAGCAGAAUUAAGGAUCCUGCUACCGCCAUGUUCCAGAGCUACAAAAUGCCUGUUCUGUGUUCUGAUGGGGGUGUGUCUUGAUUUAAACCAGCCUUCUUCAAGCCAGUGCCUGCCAGAUCUGUUAGACUACAACUCCUGUGACUCCAGCCUGCACAACCAUUGGGCAUACCUCUUGGGAAUGAUAGGAGUUGUAGCCCAGUACCUUCUGGAGGGCACCAGACUAUGGAAGGCUGGUUCAGAUUUGUUAAUCCUAGAUGCUCUGAGUUGGCAUUUCCCAUGCCUGGUUAUGUUCAGAUGCCUGGAAAUAUAUUAUUGCGUUGAGAAUGACUAACUGUAAAUUAAAUUAAAGGAAUAAAAGAAUAGA